AAAUGGCUUAUUUUGGGUAAUAGUCGGUCAGAUUCCAGCAAGAAGUCCUUUCAAAUGGAAAACACUAAAGGUGUUGGUUCCAGUGAUGCUCUAGAAGAGAGCCGAAAAUCAUCACUGCGAUCCCGGAAACUUGAAAAAAAUGCUGAAAUGAAUGCUGAAAAGAAUGAAGACAUAGAAAAGAAGCAAAAGGAGAAAAACAGGCUGAAAGUCAAGGCAUGGAGAAUGCGUCAGAAAACAGAAAACUCCACAAAAUAUUCUGAAAUCAAAAAGAAAGACACAGAAAGAAAGAAGGAAGCUCGAAUGAAAGUGAAACUCAUGGCCAAUUCAGAUCCUGAAUUAAAAGCCUCCUUAAGAAAGAAAAAAGCUGAAGAAAUGAAAAGAUACAGACAGAGAAAAAAGAUGAAAACAACAUGUUCUUCUGAAGAUCCUGGUGUUAAAAAGAGUAAGAAACCGGCUCUGGAAGAAAAAAAGAAAAAAGCUGUGAAGCGAACACAAGCCUGGAGAAUGCGAAUUAAACUUAAGUCUCCUACAAUUCCAAUUGUUAACACAGUUGAUGAAAAUGACAGUCAUGGAGAAAGCAGACAGAACAAAAGUAACUUAUCCUGUGCAACAGUAUACAGACGAGCGCAAAUGGUGAAAGGCAUUCUGCCUAGGACACCAAAGAAGAAAGCCGCCAUUUUAAAGAAGCUUAUUGAGUCACCUUCAACAUCCAAAGUACUUUCUGACCAAGGAGUAACAAUGACACCAGCUUGUAAGAAGAAACUUGAAGUAGCAGAUGCUAUAGUGAAUUCCUUGAAAGAAAGUAUUUCCGAAGUAAACAUUGGUGUUCGAAAAGACAGAGAAAAGAAACAUGCAUAUGAUGUAAUACGUGAAUCAGUACUAAGGAAAUACAAAAAUAUCACAGUUAGUAAAUAUUUCAAUGUGUCUUACAAGACAAGGAAGAUGAGAAAUGAAUGGUGGAAAAAGAAACAGAGAAAAACAAGAUGUGAUGUGAUAAGUGAUCAUGUGAAACAAUCAGUGAAAGAGUUCUACCUGAGUGCUGAAAUUAGCAGAGAGGUGCCAUCCAAACGUGAUGUUGUUAGAAUCAAAACUCAGACUGGUAUGAAAGAAACACUACAGAAACAUGUGAUGACAAUGACACUAGAAGAAGCACACAAGUUAUACAAAACAAGAAACCCCAAUCAUAAAAUAGGACUUACAUCAUUCAGCAAACUAAAACCAGUUAAUGUAAAGAAAGUGUCCGAGACAAGCAGACGGUCAUGCCUGUGCCAGACAUUUUAAAUUCAAUACACAGGAACUCAGCAAAGUUAAAGUUAAUCUGUUGAAAAUACACAAACAUGUGUAUUUCAAAUAGAAAAUGUUGAGCAUGUGUUGGUUCUUACAAUGUGUAGAGUCCGUAACCGUAGUGCAGUCUAUUUCUAUCUCAUACAAAAAAUAUGUUCUAUUGAUAUAAACAGCAGAAACUGACUAUACUUGAUAGGAAAAGUGUUUAUUUUAGAAAAACAAUGU